CACGCAAACGUCAUCCACUCGCAACCACUUCACCACGCUUCUUCUGCUAUUUGCUCAAUUUGAACUAUGACUACAGAGAAUGCCUUCCGCUCACAGCUCAACAAUUUUGGCUGGACGAGGCGCCAAGAGCCUCCCGUCUCGACACAAGCGCCGUCCUUUCUCGACCGCUUGAAUCCAUUCAGCCAGAAUGGAUAUAACAGACUGCCUACGAGUAAUAAUGAUCUACCUGCUCAGCUACCUGCGCCAAGUGCGGCUGAGGAAGAGGCCUUUUUCAGUUUGAGCAGGUGGGAUCGCAUGAUUGUGUUUGCGAUGCUCGUGCUGGGCGCUGCUGCAUGUUUCUUCAUUGCGUAUGACCAGUCUGUUUCCUGGGACGCAGCUCAUGCUAGGUUCUUCUUCUUGCCGAUACUGGCACUCAAGCCGCGCAAGUUUGUUACGCUAUGGACAGUUGGCAGCUUGCUCUUCAUCUCAUCAUUUGCUGCUCUGCAAGGUCCCACGGCUUAUGGUAAACACCUCAUUUCAGGUGACCGGAUACCCUUUACAGCGGCGUAUUUCGGGUCAAUGAUACUCACGCUCUACUUCUCCAUUGGCCUCAAUAAUACGCUACUAACCCUCAUAUCUGCGGCUGUUCAGAUUGUGGCAUUGCUGUGGUAUCUUGUCUCGUACUUCCCCGGUGGCAGCACAGGCAUGCGGUUUGCAGGUGGACUUGUGGUGAAUCGAGCGACGAGCUACUUUGGGUGAGUCAGCUACAAUCGAUCUCGGGCUAUGCAGUCUAGAUUCAAGGAUGCAGACGAGAUCAGUACAGGGGCCACUCAAUGCUGCUGCAGGAGUCCUACUAGACCGUCGGCUCACUGAGAACACGGGGCAUCUCAUCAAACGAGCGGUAUGCUGGACCCGUCUUGCGAGCGUUGUCCAUUGAAGUGGUCGAUGCACCUUAAAGUACUGCUGCCAUGUCUUUCAUGCGCUAUAUACAUCUCCGUAUCUCAUAGGCCCCUCUAGCCCGUCCAUUCGAGUCUCUUCCUCCGUCCGGCUCCUUCCAAAAU